UCCCUCUCCGGAGUGCCAGGAAGAGCCGGCGAACCACGCGUCUUCAGAAGAAGGAAAACAGAGGAAGGCAGCGGAGGAAGGGAGCAAAAAAGUUGGCCCGCACGACUCCAGUGAUGUCACAAGCAUGUGACCCUGCUUCUCCAGUGACAGUGUUCUGAGGGAAAGAAAAAAGAUUUUUUAAAGGCUCGUGCCUCUUUGGGUUUGUGUGAAGGCUCUGCUCACCUCCCGAGCAACCACAGAACCGCAGAAAAGUUCGGCUCUGGAUUUUUGCAUGAGGCUGCCGGCGGCGCGUAAAUGGUUAAUUGUCGCCGGUCAACUUCAGGUUUGAGGACCGCACCAACCAGCGUCAAGGGUCACCGAAAACCGCAGAGAAGCGAAAUUUGGGACCAACGGUGGCGACCAUGGCAUCUAACAGCCUCUUUAGCUCUGUGACCUCAUGUCAGCAGAACUUCUUCUGGGAUCCCAGCGCCGGCCGGAGGUUCAGUCCGCCGGUGUCGGUGAAGAUGAAUGAUGUGAACUCGAGCGCAGGACAGCAGCAGCAACAGCAGCAUGACAGCGCGGUGGUGCCAAGACUCCGCGCGCAAGAGAACCGCUCCAUGGCCGAGAUCAUCGCCGACCACCCCGCCGAACUGGUUCGGACCGACAGUCCAAACUUUCUCUGCUCGGUUUUGCCUUCUCAUUGGAGGUGUAAUAAAACCCUACCGGUUGCGUUUAAGGUGGUGGCCCUGGGAGAGGUUCCUGAUGGGACGGUGGUCACAGUGAUGGCUGGGAAUGAUGAGAAUUAUUCAGCUGAGCUCAGGAAUGCCUCAGGAGUUAUGAAGAACCAGGUGGCCCGCUUCAAUGACCUGCGCUUUGUGGGUCGAAGCGGAAGAGGGAAGAGCUUCACCCUGACGAUUACAGUAUUCACAAACCCACCGCAAGUGGCCACUUACCACAGAGCCAUUAAGGUCACGGUGGACGGACCGCGGGAGCCCAGGAGGCACAGGCCAAAGUUGGAUGACUCACCGAAGGCCGGACUGUUCUCCGACCGUCUCAGUGAACUGGAGCGUAUCCGGCAGACCACCAUGCGGGUUACUGUGCCAACGCAAACUCCACGGCCCUCGCUUAGCAGCCCCAACUCCUUCACACCUCAGGGGCAGACACAGAUAACAGAUCCACGCCAGGCUCAAUCUUCCCCACCUUGGUCAUAUGACCAGACGUACCCAUCAUACCUGAGUCCCAUGGCCUCCCCCUCUGUGCACUCCACCACUCCACUCUCGUCCAGCCGGGCCACGGGGCUGCCCUCCAUCAGCGAUGUGCCCAGACGCCUUCCAGGUUCGACAGAUUUGAGUCCUUUUCCUGGCCAGUUUGAACGUCAGUUCCCCGGUUUCUCCUCACUCACUGAGAGCCGAUUUUCCAGUCCCAGAAUGCACUACCCGGCGACCUUCACGUACACGCCCACCCCGGUCACCACGGGAAUGUCUCUCGGCAGCGCUCAUUACCACACCUACCUACCACCGCCGUACCCCGGCUCCACCCAGAGCCAAAGCGGACCCUUCCAGAGCAGCAGCACACCCUAUCUCUACUACGGCGCCUCCUCUGGCUCCUACCAGUUCUCCAUGGUUCCAGGAGGGGACCGAUCGCCCACCCGGAUGAUGCCGCCUUGUACUAGCGCAUCCACGGGAACCAGCCUGGUCAAUCCGAACCUCCCGGUCCAGGCUGACGGAGGCGGGGGGGUGGAGGGAGACGGUAGUCAUAGCAACUCCCCCACUCUGCUUAAUCCUGCUGGUAGAAUGGACGAAGGCGUGUGGCGGCCGUAUUGAUCGGAGCGUGGAACAAACGGCAUGGUUUUAAAGCACAAACCUUACUAGGAUUUUCAUCCUAUCUCGCUGAGCUACUUUCCCUCGCUAUCAUGAGUAUUUAUGAGCCUGUUGAAAGGGAAGUAUUUUUUACAUUACAUUGAACUUUGUUGUUGUAAUAACAUUGCUCUGGACUUUUUGACCUCUGGGAUUCAUUGUCACAGGCAGGAGAAUUUGGAAUUGAAGGAAUAGAGAUGGAUCGAGUAUUUCAUUACCAUCAUGUUAUUAUUUACUUGUCUUGGCAUGUUUUUAAUAUAUCAUUUAAAGCACUGAACAACAUCUGUAUGACAGUUUGUGAUCAAAAUCUCUUUUUUGUGCUUUUUUAACUUAAGCAUUUAAGUUAUACGUAUUUGAUAAAAGGAUUUAAAGUAACUUAUAAAGCCAUAGAUUAAUUAAUGUAUUUGGAACUUGAGUCAUAGAGGGAAUAUUUUUGUAAAGCAUCUAUGUUCAAGUUAAUGCAACUAAUUUAGGGUAAUUUAAAUUUAUGUGCCUUAAUUGAUCACACAGAGUUGUAUGUUUAAGUCUAAUGCGUUUAAAACGAAAUGGGGUCUCUGUGUCUAAGUACACUACAUUUGUAAGCAGUUAAUAUUGCUUGGUACCAAAUGCUCUUUCACUGUUUGAAAGCUUUAAACCAAAGAAACAGCCAUGGAUGCUCAAAAGUGUUUGCCAAUGUGCUAGAUCAAGCUUUCUUUGAGUAACGUGCAUGUGCUGGGAUAAUUUAUUUAGCUUUUAUGUUGCUUCGUCAAAAGUGGCUGCGGUUUCCAAUGAGGGGAAUAUUGAAGUUUCUGGAUAUAUAUUGUACACAGAUAUUCUUUUCCCAAUAACUGGAGUGGUUCAUAUGCUCAAAAAAGAGGGGGUAGUACACUUAUGGCACUAUAUUACCCAUUACAACAAUGCAGCGGGAGUAAAUCCCAGUGUUUUUUUAUUUUAUUUUAUUUGGUAUGUAUUUUUAAUAUAGGUUAAAUUUACACUACCAUUCAAAGCUUGGGUUCUGUGAGAUUAUUUUUAAAGAAAUUAAUACUUUAUUCAGCAAGGAUGCAUUUAAUUGAUCAAAAGAGACAGAUUUCGAUAUCAAAUAAAUGCUGUUCUUUUGAACUUUCUAUUCUUUAAAAAAAUUCAGAUAAAAGAAAUGUAUCACAGUUUCCACAAAAACAACUGUUUUCAACAUUGAUAUUAUUAUGAACUGUUUCUUGAGCAACAAAUCAGCAUAUUAUAUAUACAAAGAUGGCACACUCAUAUUACUAUGAAUGGGAGAAAGUGCAAAGCGCAAUAUGGCGGAAUAGUCCCGCCUUCUACAUUAAAGAGCUAAUCAGCAGUUGCUAAAGUAAUUUUUUGUCAUUAUUUGAGCAUUUAGAAACAAAAUUUAUGAGAUAGAUUGCAUUGGUGAUUUCAAAUAUGAAAUUCAAUCAUAAGCUUGGUAAACAGCUUUGGAGAAUUUGAUGUUUCCCCAUUCAAAGAGAUAAGAGCUGUACUUGCAUGACUAAAAUGGCUGCCUGAGAGGCGUUUCAAAGAUGGCCGCCACUUUGAUCAGAAUGAUUUCUGAAGGAUUAUGUGAAAAUCUUACCGACCCCAAUCUUUUGAAUGGUAAUGUAGCUAAAUUCUAUUCCAUGGAUGGUACAUUGUCAAUUUUUCCAAUGAAAAUGUUCAUUAUCAGGUUAUAAGUGCACAAACUAGCUUCAUAAUUUCAGAUUAUUAGUAUUCCGUUAGUUUAUCCAUCAUCGACAGAUUAACGUACCCAACUGCAAUAGUGUACCAGAGUUAUAUUUAUCUAGUGCCUUACAGUUGGAACUAUACAGACCUCAACAAAGAACUGAAAGCUUUCCUCAAAGCAGUGCUUUAAAUAAAAUAUGGCUUGUAAAGCCCAUAUUUAAGCAAUUAAAAAACCAAAAGCUCUUAGCUUGAGCAGGAUGUGUUUUUGUCCUUAUUUUCCUGAACAUUGGUCCAGUAUUGCAUCUCUGGUAGGACUGGUCAUGGUUCAUUUUCCAGGCCCGGUUCAGCAUUCCUGGUUCCUCCGUCAUCCCGACGGAGACACUGCUUCAAAUCAGGGCGUCUGCCUAUAAAUUUAAAUAGCUGUGAGUGUGUACGAAAUGUUUACAUCCUUCAGAGACCAUGUUGUAUAUUACAGGAGGUAAAUACACCACCCUAGUUUUGUUGAAUUAUUAUCUCAUUUCUUCUUUUGUAAAUUAGUAUUUAUCUGACAGGUUAACCGAGGGCAAUUUGUAGCAAAUUUGUCUCUGGUUCUUGCAUGCUUUGUUUCCUUUGCACAUCUGUGUUUAAAUUAUCUUGCUUUUCUUCCCUGUGAAGCCUGUUCUCUUUUAUCCACGGAUAGAAAAAGGGUUUAAGGGGAAAUUAUCAUGACAACAGUGAAAGAAAUUGGCUUUUUUUGAUUGUUGUAUGUUGAUUAUAAUAGUUUUCUUUGUAAGAGAAAUAAAAAGAGAUUUUGCAAUGA